UUGACCAUGUCACCCAUCACAUCACAUCACAUCACAUCACCAAGACUUAUGAGCGAUUGGGGGUUUAUAUUUCGAUUCACACCCACUCUCCCCUUCUGUAUUUCCAUUCUUCAUCAUCUUCCACUCUCUCCACUUUCUCUCUCCAUUUCCUCUCCUCCGCCGAGAGGGGGUUAAUUUAUUAAAAAAUGUCUUCGGAAUUGGAGGUUCCCUUCCGCCCGAAGAGGAAGAAGACUUUGGUGGACUUCUUUGUCCAGUUCCGAUGGAUUAUUGUGAUAUUCGUUGUUCUUCCAAUAUCUUCCACAAUCUACUUUUUGCUAUACCUUGGUGAUGUCAGAUCUGAAUGGAAAUCCUACAAGACACGCCAAAAAGAACAUGAUGAAAAUGUGAAGAAAGUUGUUAAACGUCUGAAAUCGAGGAAUGCAGCUAAAGAUGGUCUGGUUUGUACAGCCCGAAAACCAUAUAUUGCUGUGGGAAUGAGAAAUGUGGAUUACAAAAGGGCUCGCCACUUUGAGGUCGAUCUUGCUGCUUUUAGGAAUAUUCUUGACAUUGACGUAGAGAAUAUGGUAGCAAAAGUUGAGCCUCUGGUCAAUAUGGGGCAGAUUUCAAGGGCAACUGUACCAUUGAAUGUAUCUCUGGCAGUAGUUGCUGAGUUGGAUGAUCUGACUGUUGGUGGCCUUAUUAAUGGUUAUGGGAUUGAAGGAAGCUCCCAUAUUUAUGGACUGUUUGCUGACACAGUUGUGGCUUAUGAGAUAGUUCUGGCCGAUGGAAAAGUUGUCAGAGCCACCAAAGACAACGAGUACUCUGAGCUGUUUUACGCUAUUCCAUGGUCUCAGGGUACUCUAGGACUUCUUGUUUCUGCUGAAAUUAAGCUAAUUCCAAUUAAGGAAUACAUGAGGUUGACAUACACUCCUGUGAAAGGAAGCUUGCAAGAAGUUGCCCAGGGUUAUAUUGAUUCUUUUGCACCGAAAGAUGGAGAUCAAGACAACCCCAAGAAGGUCCCUGAUUUUGUGGAAGGCAUGGUUUACAAUUCUAGUGAAGGUGUGAUGAUGACAGGAAGAUAUGCUUCGAAAGAAGAGGCCAAAAAGAAGGGCAAUGUGAUCAAUAGCUGUGGAUGGUGGUUUAAACCCUGGUUCUAUCAGCAUGCUCAGACUGCCCUUGACAGAGGGGAGUUUGUGGAGUACAUUCCUACCAGGGAUUAUUAUCACAGGCAUACCAGAUCUCUGUAUUGGGAAGGAAAACUUAUCAUUCCGUUUGGUGAUCAGUUGUGGUUCAGGUUUCUUCUUGGUUGGUUGAUGCCACCAAAGGUUUCCCUUCUUAAAGCCACCCAAGGUGAAGCCAUCAGAAACUAUUACCAUGAGAAUCAUGUCAUUCAGGAUAUGCUUGUUCCUCUAUACAAGGUUGGGGAUGCUCUUGAGUGGGUCCAUCGUGAAAUGGAGGUUUACCCCCUAUGGCUCUGCCCACACCGCCUGUUCAGGCUACCCGUCAAAACCAUGAUAUAUCCUGAACCAGGGUUCGAGCAGCACAAGAGACAGGGUGACACUUCGUAUGCUCAGAUGUUCACUGAUGUUGGAGUCUACUAUGCACCUGGACCUAUUCUGCGUGGUGAGGUGUUCGAUGGUGCUGAGGCUGUCCGUAAGAUGGAGAAGUGGUUGCUUGAAAACCAUGGAUUCCAGCCACAAUACGCUGUUUCUGAGCUAAAUGAGAAGGACUUCUGGAGGAUGUUUGAUGCCUCGUUGUAUGAGAAAGCGAGGAGGAAGUACGGUGCAGUUGGAACCUUCAUGAGUGUGUAUUACAAGUCCAAGAAGGGACGUAAGAGCGAGAAGGAGGUGGCUGAGGCCGAGAAAGAGCGAGCUGAAGUUGAGACACCUGAUGCUGAGGAAGAGUAGUUUUCUGUUUGAAAUUUAUUCCAAGACUCUAUUAGUAGUUGGAUUUGUUUCUUAAACUUCCCAGAUGGGAGGAAACAUUUGAUUUUCUCCCCUUUGUUUAAUUGUUGUAGCUUACACAUUUUGGGUUUAUUGUCUAUUGUGCUGCUAAUUGGCUAGGCUUGUAUUUGAAUCA